AUGAGCACAACGUUUAUCCAGACCAAACCUGCAUACAAAGGCAAAGCCUUCGUGUCUGUCCGAAAAAUCUUGCACACGGCCACUUCUACACGACAUGACGAUCCUCUGCCUCCUGUGCUUGUGGAAGUACAGCACAUGGCGAAUAUGUCUUUCUACCGUCGAUUGAUGGUCAUGGCUUAUCGGUCAUUAAGCGGCACUCGAAACAUACCAUUCCUUUUGGAGAUAUCUUGCGACAACAAUUGGGCAAAGUCCUGCUAUAUACUGAACGCAUCUUCAAUUGCUGAUCAUUUACAACACACUCCUUUGAAUCCUCUGGUCGCUCUUGGCCAUUUCUUGAUCCAACGGAAACGAUCGCUGCGAGAUGUCGCUCGAAAUGACGAUAUCACCGUCAAAAAGAUUUAUAAUAUUGCGAAAGGGAUGUUCGGUGAUAAUUUGCAACACGAUUCAGACACGGAUGUCCUACAAGAAAUUUAUGAUCAGUGCAACGAGGCGAGAACCGCUUUGUGCGAGGACGUCACCGAUGUCACUUCAAGGAAACGUACAAUUGAUUGCUUGGACAAAAUUAUCAAUAUGAUCAACGACCAGCAGGAGGCACCAACAACUCCAACUGCAAACAAACCAAACAAUUCUGACGCCAAAGGCUGGGAAUUCGCAGAAAACUAUCGAAAAGAUCACGGCGCUUUCAACUGGGAGAGCAUCUUUCAACUGGGAAAAACAAAAGGGUUAUUUAAAAGCUAUGCAAAAUGGACAGGCGCCAAGUCGGCGUAUUAUCGACAAAAAAGACAGAAGCAAUAG